GUUCCCGGCGGGCGCCGCGGCGGAGCGCGGGAACGGCGGCGGCGCGAGCGGACGGGAUGGGAAUCCACGGCCUGGCCAAGCUCAUCGCCGACGUGGCCCCCGGGGCCAUCCGGGAGAACGACAUCAAGUCGUACUUCGGGCGGAAGGUGGCCAUCGACGCCUCCAUGAGCAUCUACCAGUUCCUGAUCGCCGUGCGCCAGGGCGCCGACGUGCUGCACAACGACGAGGGCGACACCACCAGCCACCUCAUGGGCAUGUUCUACCGCACCAUCCGCAUGGUGGAGAACGGCAUCAAGCCCGUGUACGUGUUCGACGGGAAGCCCCCGCAGCUGAAGUCCGGGGAGCUGGCGAAGCGCACGGAGCGCCGGGCCGAGGCGGAGAAGCACCUGCAGGAAGCGCAGGAGGCCGGCGAGGAGGAGAACGUCGAGAAGUACAGCAAGAGGCUGGUCAAGGUGACCCCGCAGCACACCCAGGAGUGCAAGAAGCUGCUGGAGCUGAUGGGGAUCCCCUACGUGGAGGCUCCCGGAGAGGCGGAAGCCAGCUGCGCCGCGCUGGUGAAGGCCGGGAAGGUGUACGCGGCCGCCACGGAGGACAUGGAUUGCCUGACCUUCGGCAGCCCCGUGCUCAUGCGGCACCUCACGGCCAGCGAGACCAAGAAGCUGCCCAUCCAGGAGUUCCACCUGAACCGCGUCCUGCAGGACCUGCAGCUCACCUGGGAGCAGUUCGUGGACCUGUGCAUCCUGCUGGGCUGCGACUACUGCGCCAGCAUCCGCGGCAUCGGGCCCAAGCGCGCCGUGGAGCUCAUCCGGGAGCACAAGUCCAUCGACAGGAUCGUGCGGCAGCUCGACACCAAGAAGUACCCGCUGCCCGAGAACUGGCCGCACAGGGAGGCCCAGAAGCUGUUCCUGGAGCCCGAGGUGGUGGAUCCCGACGCCGUGGAGCUGAAGUGGAGCGAGCCGGACGAGGAGCGGCUCGUGCAGUUCCUGUGCGGGGAGAAGCAGUUCAGCGAGGAGCGGAUCCGCAACGGCGUGAGGAGGCUGAGCAAGAGCCGCCAGGGCAGCACCCAGGGCCGCCUGGACGACUUCUUCAAGGUCACCGGCUCCAUCACCUCGGCCAAGCGCAAGGAGCCCGAGCCCAAGGGGUCGGCCAGGAAGAAAGCCAAGCCCGGCUCGAAGCCCAGCGCCGCCACCACAAAGGCUAAAAAGGAGAAAUGACGGGGCCGGGUGCCCGCAAACCGCCGGGAUUGAGGGCUUCUGGGGGCUCGGCGAGGGAUUUUGGGCUAAUGACAAACAGUUAGUGCUGGGAAGGAAUGGAUGAGGCUGGGAGAGGGGAGAGCUGGAGCGGCUUCUGGACAUAAACACUCCCAGAGUUAAGAAUUCCAACUGCAGAGCAAAGCAGGGACAAAUUAGAUUAUUAACCCAAUCCUGUCCAUCCCAAAAGAGGUAAGAUGGGAGUGGAAGGCAAGCUGGAAUUGGGAAGGAGACUUCAAAUAAUGAGGUAAAAUUUUCUCUUUAAGGGGAGUUUAUUUAGGUUUUUUUUUCCCUUCUCAUAUUCACUUAUUUAAAAUCCAGUUGCGAUCCCAAUUCCAGCAAAGUCCUGGCCUGCUCUUAGUACAUAAUCCGAGGAAAGCUGCUGGCUGCAGCUCUCCCAGCCUGAGUCUUGCUUAAAAAUGCUUAAAAAUAAAAAUAUCCAGGAGCCUAGGAAAGCAGCCUCUUCACCCCCUGAAUUCCAGAGGCAUCUUUCCAUGUUGUACACAUUGACAGAUCCUGGGCUGGAAACUAGAAGUUAAAACCUCUUUUGAGUUUUUAUUUAACUCUGUAUUUUUUGUAGUUUUGUUGCUUGUUGGAGCCACGUGCAGGGUUUUGUUUCUAGAAUAAAAUGUAAGAACAAAGACACCGUUUCUCUUUUUCCAGAGAAAUGGCUUAAACCGUGGUUGUAAAUGAAAAAAAUCCCACUUGUAGAUGGAAUUCCACAACAGCAACAAACCAAGCGCAGGCAGGAGCACAGAAAGUUCCAGUUUUAAGCUUUUUUGUUACUUUGUAGACAUCAAAAUUCCAUGGGUUUGCUCUCUGCCAGUUUGGGAAAGAAGCUGGGCUUGUUUUGCAGGGAAAUUAAGACUUAUUUCAUAUUCCUUAUCCAUUAAUAUUGCUAAAAGUGGGAUUCUGCUUCCUUGCUGUGGAUUCUCUUAAAUGUUUCAAUCCGUAAUCGGUCCUAAUUUUUUAAUUAAAUAUCUCCAAGGAUCUUCACGGUGAGUAUGUGGGAAGGUACAGGAGUGGUUUUGUGGUGGAGGGAUGAAAGAUGAUUUAAAAGUAAUAAUAUUUGCAAAUAACAUCCCUAAAUUGUUUAUUUUCCAUAUGUCACAGUUUCUAGGAAUUACCUUCCAGCUUUCCACGUGUCAGCACCUUGUUGGGAUAAAACCUCGGAGAAGAACUCCUUAAAAGCUGCUUUUCCACCACCCCCUCCCUGCCUUGUGCUCCGUGGUAUUCCACUCCAUUUCUUCCUCCAUUUCCCAUUCCAAACAAAGAUUCCCACUGUUUCUGACGCUGAU